GGUAUCAGUCCGCCUACUUUCGCCUACUUUCGAUUUCCCCCUCUUGAAAGUACGCAAUGUACGAUCAGUGGUCCUCCGUCCCCUUCACCCCCAACUUAGCUGCCUAUUGUCCCGGCCACAUCGAUUAUACUAGUUUGUCCAGGAUCGAUGUGUGCGUCGGAAUACCAGUUGAUAACACCUCCAAGGACACCGGGACUACAGCGGCUACCUUAUGAGAUAAUGGCUUAUAUUGUCAAAUAUUUAACCAUAGAUCAAAUAUUCAAUUUAUCCUUAUGUAGCCGCCACUUCCAAUACCUUGUGAGAGAAGAAAGUUUUUGCAGAGCGAUUAUGACUGCCAAAGCUUCUUAUACUCUUGAGGCGCGGGAGGCGCAGCGGACCGGCCACUUCUCCCGAGCCCUACGUCGGGUUGCAAAAAGACACCAGGCACUAGCACAAGCGUCACCAUACAUCCUAGGCAUUGUUGGGGUUGCCGACUCCUUCGAAUAUAUUCACGGGAUACUUUGUUACAUUGUCGAGUCGCGACCGCGUCGGUGGCUGCGGAUUCUGGACCUACAUGGAUCUGCAAGCUUGGAAGUCGUCAUUGAUAUUCCAGCUUUAAUUCGUGAGGCAGUACCUCGAUCAGCAAAAAGUCGAAAAUACAAAUUCCGGGUUUUGUAUCAUGCCAGUGGCAUUACUUCAUGUUUAUUUUCAUUCGCUUUACCAAACACGGAAAACUGGCUAUUGAUUAUUAAAGCCGAAAAGCAGGAAAUCAUAGCUAAGCUGCGACUAGAGUCUACAUCUAAAAUAUUCGUGCGAAACAAUGAAGAUUACCUGUACUUUGGGACGCAUUCGGAAGAAGGCGUAGAUGGUUUUCGGAAUUGGGUGCUGACCGGUUUCAAUAUUCAGAGGGGCUCAUGGUUCCCUCGGAAAAUGCACUUGGCAAGUGUGGUCGGGUAUGAGCUCGGCUCCACUGUUUGCUUUGAAAUUUGGGAUGGCCACUUUUAUGGGUUGUCAAAUCAAACUGAUUUUGAGCUCAGAGAAGCCGACUGGGUCUCCUAUUAUCACUGCUUUCGCUUCCCACUCCAUGAUCCGAAUUCUAAGAUGCAAACCAUGAAGAAAGAUCCUAGUUGGAGAAGAGAACAUGCCGAAGGUCCCAUAGACGACAGAUGGGGAUUUCUCAAGCUUGAAAAAGACGAGGCUUCGGGUAGACUUCACAUAAUCGAAUCUCGAAAAGAAUGGCUUGCUGGAAUAAGUGGAAGUCGGCGAUCAUAUUACAUCACCGAGGUGUUUUUCGAUGAUGACUCGGAAACGAGCGACGACGAAGAACCCCAGCCUGCCCCAAAUAUCCCAGCGGGCCCAGUAGGCUUUUCAAACAGGACAAUUGAGCAUUUGGACAAGCACAAUAUGGUAGCUUCGGGGCUCCGUCCAUCCGAAAAGGUACAUCCAGGAGACGACAGUUCUAUGACACCAAUGUUCACACGUGGUCAAACUCAUCUACGUUUUUAUCAACGGUGUUCUAAUACUUAUUUGGAUUUAGUUGAUGACGCUUCUAGCGGAUCGACAGGUUUACGCCGCUUACGCUUGAGAACCGGGCAUAGGGAACAGGAACCCCUCCCUUCGGAUGGGGGCGUUUUAAUACCUAUCAGCCAAACGGAGAUACGUUACCAACCUAAUCAAAUACAUUUCUGGCCCCCAGAUCCGGAUUUAUUCGGCCGCAACGCCUUUUUAGACGGUAUUUACGGAAUACUAAAUCCUCCUGGUUGUUUGGGUAGCGUUACCACCUCUAGUGAUGAACGGUCGAUAGUUUACGCAACGGGGGAAGAUGCGCAUGGUCUAAAAGUCUUGGUUUAUCUCAGCUUCGAUCCCGCAGCUAAGCUAACCGGUAUGCUCCGCGAAAAAUACAUAUUAGGGCAGAAUACAACGAGUUUGCGAGAUGGAAAUACUAAUAGAGUCGGCUAUCAUCUGGAAGCGGGGACAAGUGGGAGUCCAUUACUCCCCGAGGACGCUAUUACUAUCGGCAAGAGUAGAGGCAAGCUGAUUGGCGAAUUUCGUCACCUUUAUUCGCCUUCGUGCUCUACGUCAGACCCUUCACUCGUGCAUACAGCAUUAAUGCCGCCUUUAGAAUCUGAAGGAUAUGAGCCUUGGGCUUGGGCGGAGACAGCCAUGUAUCAGAACCUGGCAGAGGGAUGCUACACUUUUGCCCAUUAAAAGAUCACCCGGAUUUGAUGCAGGUGAGAUGCAUCGGCUCUUCGACAAGGGUCUUGUUCGAGUGCCACUCGGCUAUCACUUCACAGUUAUAAUAUGCAUAAUAAAAGUGGCUAUUAAUCAACGAAAGGAAACUAUAGUCCGUAUUUAAUUAGUUCCUCCCGUUUUCUUCUAUACAUAUUUUUCAAGUCUUGUCUCAAAUGUCUAACAAGCGAAAGCAGCCAACAGCUAUUCCGCCCCCCUUACAUGU